UGCUUUUUCUGCUUCAUCUUCGGGACUGUGAGUGUGAGGAGCAAGAAGGAAUGACUUCUCCAGGCUUAUUUUGUUUAGUUUUGAUUUUGGGUGAGUUUGCAGGACACCAAGACUGCUGAAGAACUUGGGCUCUCCUGCCUUCAAGGGGGAAAAGGAUCUUUGCAUGGGAGGCCUAUCCAAUGUUUGAGGGACAGCAUGCUAGCCAGGUCCUUCAGUGUGCUGUCUCCAUGGAGGCAGGGGAUGGAGAUCCAUGUGGCAGCACAGCCACAAGGGUUAUUGAUGUGUUGGAAACCAUGAAAGCCCCUGAGAAUGGUCACACAGGAACUGGGACUUCUCCAGAAAGGUGGUGGGAUUGAUAACCCAACUGAAGUGCAACUGCACCAACACCCACAGCGUGGUCACCAGCAGGAGAAGGAUCUAGAAGGCACUGUGCAUCAGGAAAGCUGUGACACGGUUGCCAGCAGAGAGUCAUGUGGGAUGACUCAAACAAAUGGAUUGCUGCAAUGGAUGGGGGUAACUUUCCAUGAUUUACCAGCAGCCCUGGCUAACUGGGAGGUCCCAGCUGACUGGAAGUGAGCAGAUGUGACACACAGCUUCUUGUGAAGAGCAGGAAGGAGGAUUUUGGGAACUACAGGGCUGUCAGUCAAGUGACAGGAGCAGAUCACCCAAGUGCCUUCACGCAGCACCAACAGGGCAGUCAGGAUCUGGAGCAGCCAGUGUGGGUUUGUGACAUGCAGGUCCUGCCUGAUCAACCGGAUCUCCUUCUGUGACAAGGUCACCUGUUUUGGCAGGUGAAGGAGAGGCCGUGGGUGUGUCUUUCUGGACUUUGGCAUGGCCUUUGACUCCACUUUUUCGUGGCAGGGGCUGAAGUCACCGUCCCUGGAGGGAUUUAAAAGCGUGGCACUUGGGGACAUGGGUUAGCGACGGCCUUGGCAGUGUGGGGUUGGCCUUACAGGGCUUUUCCAACCUAAACGAUUCCAUGAUUCUGUGAUUUUAUUAUCCCCUCAGAGGAUUAAUCCCACCACUAAUGCAGCUUUUCACUCGCAAAGCGCUUUAGAGGAAGUUGUGCCAGGAGAGUGCGUGGAGAGAGAAACUGAAAGUGCUGAGCAGGAGCAGCUGCCCUCCUGCUUCCAGCCUCUCCCAGCCCGUGCAGUAGGAGUGGGUUUCCCAACUUCUUGGUUUAUGGGAGUAUUUUGGGAAAAACACAAGAGCUCCGUGACCGUGCAGUUUCCCAGGCGUGAAACCAGGGCAUUUCAACUUUCCUAUUGGUCCAUUGAAAUCCAGGAGGAGCAGCCCGCCAGCAUCCCUGGUGCCAAACCACGGUAGCUGUCCAAGCAGAUACGUUGGGUUUGCGUGGCUUGGCUGCGUUGCGGCGCCCGUGCAGCCUACCCAUGAGCUCAGACUUCCAGCAUUACAGUUUCAGGAUGCCGAACAUCGGGUUCCAGAACCUUCCUCUCAACAUAUACAUCGUGGUUUUCGGCACAGCCAUCUUCGUCUUCAUCCUCAGCUUGCUCUUCUGUUGCUACUUGAUCAGGCUCAGGCAUCAGGCACACAAAGAGCUUUACGCCUACAAACAGGUCAUACUCAAGGAGAAGGUGAAGGAGCUGAACCUCCAUGAGAUCUGUGCCGUGUGCCUGGAGGAGUUCAAGCCCAAGGACGAGCUGGGGAUCUGUCCCUGCAAACAUGCCUUCCACAGGAAGUGCCUCAUCAAGUGGCUGGAGGUGCGCAAGGUGUGUCCCCUGUGUAACAUGCCGGUGCUGCAGCUGGCGCAGCUGCACGGCAAGCCGGACCCGGGCCCGCCGCAGGGGCCGCUGCCCGGCUCCCAGAACAUCGUAUAGUCCCUGCCGGGCCCGGCCCGCGGCGCUCGGACACAACCAAAGCACUUGGGCCGCAGCUGAGCAGCCCCGAAUCCCGCCGGGAUGAAGCCCGGGCUCGGAUCCUCCGCCAGGGCCACCAGGGGACUCGGCAUCCUGGGCACGCCAUCCUUCUUCCAGCACCUCCCUUCCCCAGCCCCGCGGCCGCCGGGGAGCGGCGCGGUGGCACCCAGAGACCUCCGGAGCAGCGCCGCGGCCCCCGGCAUCGCGGCCGCUUCCCGCUCCCUCCUCUUCGCCUUCGGUUCCUUUGCCUUCGCGGUUCCCGGCAGGAAAUGCGGUCUCGCCCCUGGAGUCGCGCUGCGGGUCGGUGUCCCCUCGGCACCCGGUGUCACCCCCGGGGGUGGCUGUAAGGGGUGUCCCGGGUUUGGAUUCCUCCUCUCCCUCUCGAGGGUGGCUGUCCCUCCUCCUCGGCUACCUCAGGGGUCUGGAGCUCCUGUGAGGGGCACCGUGCUGGCCUCAGCAGCAGCAGGAGAGCCACGGCGGGGGGGGCAGGCAGAAAUCCCGGCCUUUGGGACGGUCCCGUCGCUUCCAGCCUGGCCCCGGGGCUCUGCGGGCAGCGGUUCCCCUUGCCAAAGCACCCAACCCCCUGUCCUCUCCGACCACGGGUUUUGGGUGUCCCCUGCCAUCGUCACCAGGCGCAUUCCCGGCCUUGGGGAGGGGGUGUCAGUAUUACACGGCUUUCCCGGGCAGGGCUGGGGGGGCUCCUGGUGCUGUCCCCCCUCCCCAGAAAAACCCGGGACUGUUUAUGGAGCGUGGAGCCUCAUAGACGUGUUUGUACACUACAAAUUCUGCAGCAGAAUAUUUUUUAAAACAUUCGCUGGUUUUGGUUUUUGGUUUUUUGGUUUUUUUUUUUUCCUCUGUUUGUUUGGUUUUUUUGUAAGCUCUAUUUUUGUAUAUUUAAUUGCUAUUUGAAAAUUCUAAUAAUGCGUCUUUUUUGCUAAUCACACUCUUCUUAAGGAAAAAACAGGAAAGAAAAAAAAAACAAACAAAAACAACCAAGAGUUUGCAUGUGAUUUGACUUGAAAUGUAAAUAAAAGCAGGUUUUGGAAG